CUAGGAAUAGCGUCAGGCAAUGGUACCGCUAUGCCCCUCUAGUACAAUCUGAAUUUGAUUCCGACGGUCGAUAUAGAUAUGAUGAAACCCGCCCCGAAAGGAGAGAGAAAUGGUGCAUGUUUGUGUUCUCUCCCUCUUUCCAUUUUGUGGUUCCUAAGCAAACAAAUCAUUCAAAAUUCUCACUCCCAUUCCCUUUUCUUCCCUUCUCUAUAAAUCCCUUCUUUCUUCAACUCUUCUCCCUCACUUAAUCCUUCAUCAAUGGCUUCCAUCUCCUCCUCUCAGGACUCUACCUCAUGGUCUCCCAAUCAAAACAAAGCCUUUGAAAGGGCCUUGGCUAUCUUUGACAAGGACACGCCUGAUCGUUGGCUCAAUGUCGCAAAGGCCGUUGGCGAUAAGACUGCCGAUGAAGUCAAGAGACAUUUUGAGCUUCUCGUUGAGGAUGUCAAGCACAUUGAAUCUGGCCUUGUCCCAUUUCCUAAUUACACAUCCUCUUCCUCUUCCUCUUCCGCCUCUUGAAUCUCCCAUGAUAACAUCAAUGAUCAAGAGCAAAGGAUGAGAAAUAUGAGGCUUGGCUAAAAUGGUUGAAAUUGGAAGCAACUUGGAAGGGUGGGAUGAGGAAGAACAUAGAUUGGAUGGCUAUUUGCAAGUCCUUCAACAAUCAAAACCUGCAAUUCUAUGUGAUAAUUUGUUUUUUUUUUUCUUUUUUUAGAAGUUCAUUUUUCUAACUAAAAGGCUAAUUAAUGUUGGAGGAUGAAUUUAAUUUAUGUUUUUA